AUGGCCAAUCCUUUCUUGCCAGGCACUUCUGUGAAAUGCUACUUCUCUUCAUACCUCCUGACCAAAGCAGAGGUGGAGGAGCAAGAUCACAGACAUGAUGAGGAAUCCCGACUCAUCACGCAUGGUCGUCUUCUCCUCAAGGAACGGAUCCAAGUCAGCAAGGGCUAUCCAGAGCGGCCACCCGGUCAUGUAUUCUGCCACCACUGCCUCACGCAACAUCUCUAUAAUAGUAAUGUGGAAACGGAGCCUACAUGUCCAGAAUGUACAUCCGUUGUGGAUAUUCAGAGUAUGAAGGAUCCAAUGAUUGCUGUGGAGAUCAUGAGACUUUGCACGCUGGCUGACAGCAGGUACAUUCUCAACGAAUGCCACAAAUUACUCCUCAAACAAUGUGAUAUGAAUACUCAACUGUUGAAUGACCUCGAGCAUGAGAUAGAAGAUGGAAAAGGGUGGAAGAAAGCAGCUGAACAUGGCAGGGAUGAAAUGUACAAGUUGACUGAGAAGUAUCGUGAACAGCGGCUGCAACUGCAACGUUAG